AGUACAAAUAAUUUGAUUGCUAAAUAAAUAUGUCGAAUUGUGACAUUUUCAUUUCCUGCAACUUUUUCAAAAUUUUGUUUUCAUAUCAUGCACACUUGCUCGUACUAUCAUGACGACAGCGAACAACUGGACGAACGGGAAUAUUACCAAUAAUUGAACGUUUAUGAAGUCGUGCCGUUAACAGAUUCGGGAUAUAUAAACAGAAUAAUAUCUCGAGGAGAUGGCACAGUGCUGUUUUGAUUGCGGAUUAAGAUGGAAAUCCUGCAGGGAUUUUACUCGAACACAGUGGCCUAUUCCAAGGUGGUUAUUCAUUCUAUAUCGACUUAUUACACUCAUCUACACCUUGGGUUAUCAGAUAUUUUCCUGGGUGAUGUAUUUCGACCCGAGAUAUUACGCCUUCGUCACACAUUUGACCUUCUCGCUCGUCGCACUAUACGAAAUAGCGGCCACCGGAAACCUAAUCAUCGAUUUGGUAUUAGACGCAAAGGACACCCCGCCAAAAGAAUCCACAACACUGUCUCUUCGAUACACGAUACAAUGGGUUCUUUAUGACGUACUUCUGACGUGGUCGCUCAUCGUCGCCGUCGUUUACUGGGCGUUCUUAUUCGAACAAAAUACAGACGCCGUCAGCUGGGUCGAGGACAUCACCAUCCACCUCCUCCCUGCCGCUUUCAGCCUAUUGGAAGUCACAGUCACGGCCACGCCCUGUUUAUUUGGUCACGUGGUCUACCCAUUAACGUAUGGAAUGAUGUAUCUAACCUUCACGUUGAUCUACUGGGCUGUGAGUGGGGGAGUGGUUUACUUCUUUCUCGACUAUGGUGAGAACCCCGUCACGUCCAUCGUUGCUUUGCUCUCUCUUGCCGCAGCCAUCUUUGUAAUCUACACAGUGGUGUGGGUUGUCACGAUCCUGCGGCAGUGGGUGGCCAGGAAGACGAACGACUGUCGAUGCGGUAGUCGAGCGAAGUAUGACGUCGAAAAGAAUACGGAAAACCAAGGACACCAUUCUGAAGGGGACGAGGACGAGGGGAUUGUAGCACACAUCUCCUAGCAAUGAAAUGCUCAAAAUAUCAUGGCCCUGUUUCAUAAAGAUUGACAACUAUGGCAACUACCAUGGAAACUUUGAAUGUGAUUGGCUGAUGUACCACGUUGCCAUGGUAAUUGACACAAUGGCAAAGUUACAGCACAGGGCCCCGGGGGGGCACUUCCAUUGACGAGUGGAUACCAUGCGCGACCAUGGGGUCUCGAAAAGCACCAUAAACACGUAUUUUCCAUAUUCUGAAAAUGCACCCCUUGACAAGUACUGACGUCUGAAACCCUACUAGUCUGGUCUGUUAGCGGAAUUAUGUGGACACGGUGGACAAAAGCAUGAUUUUUUCUCCAGACCUUUGUUUAUGUAUGAGAAUUAAAAAUGGGGUAUGCUCCAAAAAAUCUGGCUGCAGGAACAGUGAAAAAAUGGGUGAAAAUGUCAGAA